AUGCAUGCUGCGGACAAUCUGGCUCAAACCAAAGACAUCCUUCGCGAAUCAUUGCGCUCGAAUCGUGUUCAAGCAUGCGACGACGAGCGCAUCACGUUGAGCUGUCCGCGCAACACGCAGAUCAUGGUGCAGACGGGCUUCUACGGUCGCGUCGUUCCCGAAACGCAAUUGUGUCCCGGCCGUCAUCGGCCGCCGCCGCCGUCGGCAUCCAUCAUCCAUCAUCACUCGAGCACGUGCGAUGUCAUUCAAGCGCACACGCGCAUCAGCGAGAUGUGCGACAAACGCCGAAAGUGCACCGUCGUCGUCGAUUCGCACACGUUCGAGGAUGAUCCGUGUCCGAGCACAUCGAAAUACCUUCAAAUGAGCUAUGCGUGUAUGCCGGUGUCGUUUGACGAUGAGACGUUCUGCUCGUCGUCGGAAGUCCGUUUGGAAUGUCGUGAAGGUCGUCGAUUGGCGAUCUACGCGGCCCAAAUGCGAACGUCGGCUCAAUGCUCGACGCCAACGGGAUUAGAAUGCUCGACCGACGCGUUGCCUACAGUACUCCGAGAAUGUCAUGCGAAGGAGUCGUGCACGAUAAGCAACGUCGAGACGGAUUGCAAGGAUGCUCAUUUGCACCUAGUCUACAUGUGUGUCAAUGAGGAGAUAUUCUCCGAGGAAGCGAUUAAAGGCGAAUUGACUUCCCUUGAAGGCUAUCUGAAGAAUGCGAAGGCGGCGAAAGCGCCAUUGGAGAAGGAGGAGGAUCGUUGGGAGCGGAUUGUCGACGAAUCGCCGCCGUCGCCGGCGCCGUCGAUUCACAUGAUCAACAACGACGCCUCCUACGUGACGCACGACGAGUAUCGAAUGGAUCCGCCGCCGAGUGUGCCCGACGUCGAGCCGGUCGAGCCGAAUCUCAUCGGCGUCGGUCACGACGUCCUCCAGAUCGCGCACUUCUUCAAACAGAACAAGGAAAAGGCUUUGACGUGUGCGGUGCUUUCGAUAAGCAUGGCGGCGAUUGUCGUCCUCUCGGCGUGCAUUGUCAAGAGACUCUGCCGAAGCGGACGGACCACUAACGGCUCAUCGGCUCACAAGAGCUCGAAAUCGCGACAUUCGCUGGAAACGAGUCGUCUUGUCUCGUCAAAUUACGGCGGAACGCUAACCCCUACCGUACACCUGUGCGACAUUGAGGAUGAAUCCUUCAUGCGCUAUUCGCUGCCCGGCUCGAAACCCGCCUCCCAACACUAUUCCCAUUACGAUUUUUGA